GGGAGUUUGCAUAAUGUUUCUUUUAAACCAUUUCUUUUAAAGAAGCAAAAUGGAGCCUAGGAAGACACUACAGGACAGGUCAGUCUCACCUUAUGACAUUUCAGAACCGAAGACUGUCUGUGCCUCUUCCAACUGAGCUGGUUUAAGAUUCAUGCUCAAGAAAGUAGAAAACCUGAUGCUGUGUUCUUUUCUUCCUUGUGGAUGUAUGGAUCUUAGCCCCAGGAACAUGGCUGAAGAGACAGUACCGAGCCACUUGUGGGGAAAGGCCACCACAUUCCAGGUGGAAGUUGUUAACCUAGCACCUGCUUUUUAUCAGCUUCCGGGCAACUACUCUGUGGAGCUUGAGGAGGCCUUUUGGGCUCUCUUGCCCUCACUCCGUUGGUUCUUCAUUCCUUUGACUCUCCUCACCACUGCCACUCUGGCCUUGAAUCCCCUUCUCUUGGCCACCAUCCUAUGGAAGAAGAAAUUCCGGAGUGAACCCCGUUAUGUGCUCUUUGCUAAUGUCAUGUUCUCCGAUCUGGCCUAUCUUCUGUUCCAUGUGUUGGUUUCAACAAGCAACCUCACUGGCUGGACCCUCGGGCGAAUUUUCUGUGGCAUCCUCACUGAUGCUUUAUUUAUCUCCUAUGCAAGCACCAUCUUGUCAUUCACUGUCAUGGUGGCAGACACCUACCUUGCUGUUAUGCUCCCCCUUCGCUAUCUUUCCCUCAUGUCCAGUGCCACUGCCAGGAAAGUAGUGGCCAUAAUUUGGGUGGUGGCCUGCUUUUUCCCCACCUUCCUGGUUUGGUUCAGCAAACGGCAGGAUUCUAGUUUGACAGAUGAGCCCUCACCAUGUAUCCUGCAGCUGAAUCUGAGUUCAAACUCAGACAGCAAUCACUUGAUCACCGUUGCCCACAUUUUCAUCUUCUGUGCUCUCUUUGUCUGUGCUGCUCUGAUUUCCUACUGCUACGUGAAGAUUUAUCACACAGCCAGGACUUCAGGCCUUUGUAUAAAACGUUAUUCGAGGGCCAAGGGAACAUUGCUGAUUCAUACGAUGUUAAUUGUACUGUAUAUCAGUCCAGUGGUGGUUUUUGCUGUGGAUAUUAUGCUGUCUAAGAGCCAUCCUAUUGGAAACAAUUCCCGAUUAUGGUUGAUGGCCAUUAACAGUGAAAUACUGAUGCUGCUUCCUAGAGCCCUGUUGCCUUACUUAUAUGGACUGAGAUAUCGGCAGCUUCUCCAGACUCUCAAAGGCUUAGUCUCUAGAAGAAGGACCAGUGACAUUCAAACAAUUUCCCUUAGUUAGUGGAGCUCAGAGUUUAAAGUAAGGAGACUCAUCAAUCACAUGAAAUGGGUUCAAGGACUAACUUCUCCAGACAUCCAAAUUAUUUUGUUCUUUAUAGUGAAACGUUUUCUAGAAAAGUAAAGUCAAUGAGCAUUUAUAAAGUGUCUACUAUGUGUAUGGCACUGUAGUCUGUGCUGCUAACUGCUUUUCUUGUCUCUAGAGACCAAAUAUGAAGAAGAGUUGAUUUCCAAAAAGCCCUUGAUUGUGAAUAACAGUGAAAGAGGGAAGGAUAAAGCACCACUGUCAUCCUUCUCUUACUUUAAUUCCUAGACCUUGUGGGCUUCUGUUUUGAUUUGGUGACUUCUCCAACUUUGAUGAAUAAGAUGUUGGAGGUGGGAAGGGGUUGGGGGAGUUGAAGUGUAAUUUUGACUUAAUGGCAGGACAGAGGCUUAUAAAUAGCUCAGCUACAGCUUUGCUUAGCUCUUAUCUCCCUGUCCUUAACUUUAUUACAAAUGACCCAUAAACUGGGAUUUUCUGUUAAAUGUUUAGGCACCAGAAAAAGCAUUUGUCAGACAGUUUUAUUUGUUACCUGACCAUAAAGUGUAAUUAUUCUGGGGCAUCCA